AUGGAUGACGCCACGAUACCCACUGACAUAGCGAGGAGCGCAAAGGCGUGUAAGAAGGUUUUCGACGCGCCGUCAGGGCAUACAUGGAUGCGGUCGGCACAAGUCGACUUUAACCUGUGGUGUUCCACUAUCAAAGCCACGUCAGAGGACAAGUCGGGGAUGGGUCACAGAUUGAGGAACUAUCCAGACGCACGAGAGUCCAUUUGCAAUCUUCUCGAUGCUUUGAAAACCUCUGUUGAAGGCGCACUGGCUAUCUAUGCGAAAGAGCUUGAAGAUGGCAACUCAGAAGACUUGGCAGAUGAUAUUCCUGAGUUGGAAGAGGACGAUGACCCCGCUUGGGAGGGAGAGUUGGAAGACUCGGAUAGCGCACAGGAAUCCGACGAAGUACAGUCUUCCUCGACAAGAUCAGACUCACCAGCCAAUGCGCUCAUUAACUCUGAGAAUCAUGAAGAUGAGAGUCGCAAAGAUGACCGUCGUGAAGGCGAGAGUAAUGAAAACGACGAUGCCUUGAGCAACUCCGGCUCAACCUCGACCAAUGACUCGGCCCUUGGAGAAUACAUCUCAUAUGUCAGAACUAUUCUAGACCAACUGACAAGAAUAUCUCUCACAAUCCGGAGAGCCGGCGCCAAAUACCGCUUUGAAAGGGCGGACCAGGCCCUGAAGGAGACGGAAGAAGUCCAAGCGUUCCGUCGGCAUCUCACAACCAUCAUCAACUCUGGUUUUCCCGACAAUGGCGCACAGGGUUUGUCGGCCAUAGAAAAGAUGAAACGAGUCUAUGAUGACAGCAAAUUUAGCCCCGUCCAGCGGAAACUCAUACGAGCAAAUGUUCUCCGAAAACAUCGUAUUGAAUAUUUCACCAAAGCACGAGCCACCAGGAACCUCGCUCCAGUGGAAGGACCCCAGGAAGUCAAGAUGCAAAAGCCAGACAAGGCUCCAGCUGCGGUGGAUCAAGCUCCUCCUACAAGCAUUGUAUCCUCUAAAGCAAAAGAAAGACAAAGUCGACCAGUCACCCAAAUUGCUCCUGAAGUGCAUGAGGCACCAGUCGAAAAGACCCGCUCAAUCUACACUGCCGCAGUAACGGCUACCGAUGUUGGCCCGAAUUUUGAUGCUGCGGAUCUAUCUGCGGAAAAGACGCCAUCAAGGGUAUCUGGGAUAACAAAGAUCGGAGAAUCACAGGCUUAUCCAGGUUGUCCAAAGCCCCAGCCAAACGGCACACUGAUCUGUCCGUACUGCGGUGAUAAACUGCCGGAAUCGUAUGCGAAGAAUGAGCAAAGUUGGAAGGCACACGUCGCUCAAGACAUUCUACCCUACUCAUGCAUUAUGGAAGAGUGCAGCAACGACAAUGAUAUGUACCUCAAGGCAGAUCAGCUACUUGCGCAUAUGAAAGCAAAGCAUUCCUCAACUAAAUGGACUUGCACUCCCUGCUCAACUGACACUAAGCUGACCGCUGAGUCUGAUAAGAUCGGUCAGCCCGAUUCCCAAGUUCUGGUAUUCUUUGACAGUGCCGAAAGCUGGCUGGCCCACACAGAAAGAGAGCACGGCAGCCUUGAACCAGCACCUCAGCGGGAUAUCCUCGCGGAACUCAGCAAGCGACAGCUCAUUGGCCCACUAGAGUGUCCGCUGUGUAAAACCGAGCCCACGGAGCUGAGGUCAGGAAUUGACGAGCACAUUUUGAAGCACUUACACGAAUUCGCGCUUCGAGCGCUUCCUGGAGACGCUGCCCCAGCGAAUGAGAAAGACAGCACUUCGUUUCAGGCAUCGAGUAGCGCCAGUCUACUGUCGUAUACGAAAGACGGUUGGACUGUCCAUGUCAGUACUCCAGAUGAUGCCGUUAUCCCCAAAGAAAUAGUGAGGAAGAUACUCUUUGGCAACCUCGAAUUGAAAUUCCAAGAACUUGAACCGAGGUUCAAGCAGAAAGCCCGAAGAAAUCUAGCAAAAUGUCGAGAUAUUGUGGAAUUGGGAUUUCGUUCCUACCAAAUUGACUACAUACCCCAAACGUAUAAUCCUCCGCUCGUCAAUCUACAGGAGGCCUGCCACACCGUCAACUCCAGAACCACACUUGAGAUGGAGCAGAAUAUUUUAAGUGCUGCAAUGCAGCGGGUUUUGGACUUGGAUAUCCGCGAAAUACAAGAAUACUCGUUUUUUCUCCUUCGCCUCAAAAAAACGGCCAAGUAUCUCAUGGAUUUGCCACUUCCGUCUCCCGGCCCAGACCGAGUCGAAAUUGAAGACAUUGCGGAAAUGAUAGACACUGGCUUGACCAAGGACACCGACCUGACCAGGCACUCGAAUAAGUACAAAAACAGCCCUAUGCCUCUCGGCGAAAAGUUCAGGAAGCCGACAAGGGAUGACGUGGCACUUGUUAGACAAUUGAGUCUCCUGCCAAAUAUCAUCCUUACUGGGCCUGAUCCUAGCAAGAACACUACAGCUACAAUAGCGCUAGUCAAUGACUUGAAAGAGCGGGUAGAAGACUGGUCAAUUUUCUGGGUUGAUGCUCGAAGCAUAGCUUCCAUCGAAAAGUCAUAUCUGCAAAUUCUGGAAACACUCAUCGAAGUGAAACCAGGAGGAGAAUAUGACAUGCCUAGAUGUGGUAUCAAAGCACUUAUGCACUACCUCUCUUGGAUGCACGAAGGGCUUUGGAUCAUGGUCUUUGACAGAUUAGAGGCCCAUGGGGCAAUAUAUCUCCGGAUGGAGAACAUGCUCCCUCGUUCCUGUGCUGGAGCAAUUAUAAUAUCCACGACUGACCCUACAUCCGCGCAGUUGCUUGGCAUCGCAGAAGUCAUUCAACUUCCCGGAACAGACUCCUCAUUCGAUAGGAAUAGGGACAAAUAUGUCGACCUCAGAGCACAUCUCUCCGCCGUACUCGUGUCAAAGCCUACUGCAGGCCCCAUAGAUAUCGACAAGGACACGAGAAGCUUUGACUACUUCGCCAAACUAAAACUUGACCCGAUCCAGGAGCGUUUAGUGGAGGCCAAUUUGCGACGCCGGCACAGAUUUAUGGAAGCUCAGCAGCUCUCUGGCGGGCUGAAGCGCCCUUCCACCAAGGCUUCCAAUACCACAAUCCCACAGCAGCCUGUCCCAAUGGCAACAAUCCACACAGACCAAGAAGCUCGCCCGAUAGAAGACAUUGCUUCCAAAUUGAGGGAAUACAGGCCCUCGAUUGAAAGCCUAACUGUAUCCACGAUAUACGCGCCGUCGGCGUCCGGUCUAGACUUGAAACAAGAAGGAUUUCCAACAACAAUUCGGGCCAGGCCAACAAUUGAAUACCCCAGAGUGCAUGCUCCACGGAGCCCAGAUCAGAAUCUGGUCAAAUGCCCCUGUUGCUGUCAAGCUCUUCCGGUCACUGAACUGGCCAGGAGUCGUUGGAGAAAGCAUUUGGCAAACGACCUACGUCCUUACACCUGUGUUGUUAACAACUGUCCUACGCCGUAUGAUCUCUUUGCAACGAAAAAGGAGUGGAAGGAUCAUGUUAUGAACGACCAUCUAUGUCAAUGGCAAUGCCCUGACUGCGACGGAGACACUCCUAUGUUCGAGUCUCGUCUUGACAUCAAAAGUCAUUUGUUGUCCAAGCACGCAGAAAGGGAUCUUGGUCUUUGGGGGAAAUUGUUUUCAACUGCCGAACUCUUGGAGCUCAAACACCCAUAUGCUAGAUCCGGCGAUGUCGAUAAAUUGUUUUCAGAUGUCGAAAUCGACGUGCCGUGGAUUACAACAUGUCCCAUAUGCGACGCCAAAGGGUCUCAGGAUUCAUUGGACUUGGAGGAACAUGUUUUGGAGCAUGUCCAUGACUUUUCUCUCCGCUCCCUUCCUUGGCCUAUGGACCAACCUAUCAGCCUAGACAAACCCGUCGGAACAUUCGAUACUGUCAAUGAACGGAAUUCCCAUAUUGCCGAAUGGGCUGAAAGUGUGGCUCCAACCCUCAAGGAGGGCCCCGAUGGAGGCCACAUCAUCUACGAUUUUGAGGGCUACGAGGUCGAGGUGGAAGUUUCGCCGGUAGAAGGCUCGAUCGUGAAGCGCAACCCACACGAACCGUCGCUGCAGCUCUGCAGCUUUGACCUGAAUCCACCAGCCGCUGACAAGAAUGAGUCGACAUUGAUGGCUCGGGCGGAGGAGGAUUAUUUUUCCCAAAAUGUUUAUUUCGUGGAUGGAUCCAGCGCGGGUCAGUUCGAUUCCGAACGCUCUCUCUCGUCCUGGGCCACCGAAGGUUCCAUCCACUCUGCCGGGGAAGUUGGCCAAAUCGUAUCAAGAGUUGAAGACACGAGCUUGUCAGAUGGUAGGUAG